GGAAGUAGUCUGUAAGGAAAAAAAAAACAAAUCAACGAUACGUUCUCAAGAGAAGUGUGACAAGGUUGGUGUAAAACUUCGCAGACUACUAACAAAAAAAAAACCUCCCUACAACAAGAAACGUGAACAUUUGUUGGCGAGACUCGCCCGUGGAUCAAGAUUUCAUAGCUGCGCCUGGAACAUCUAAUUCUCUUAGAAAAAUUUUCUUGCAAGAACUAGGCUUCGGUCUAAGGUAUUGCUAAAAAGCUGCCGACGUCCUCUCAUGUUUUACUCGAAGAACAAGCUCAUCGUGGGCUUAGGGUUGCUGGCUAUCGUCGCACAAAUGAAGCACUCGUCGGAAUUAACACUAGACAGAGAUCUACCACAGCUAGCCCGCGAAAAGAGACACGACCUUGAGGAGGAGAGUGAUGGCGCCGGUAAGGACCAGGACAGCUCUGUUCAUCAGUAUAGCGGGGACUGGGUCGAGGAAGAGAGCGGGUCAGGGGCUGAAAGUCAAUUCACAGACGCGAACCCUUUCAAAGGUGAAUCGAAGCGUGAGAAGCACAGACGGAAAAUGCGAGAGCGUAUGGCCAAACUGCUGUCGAAGGCACCGCGUCACUCGAAGUUACGGGGCGAUGGUAGUUUGCACUUUGCCAAAGGAAGAAAGAGAGGUUAUUUGAGAAGAUUAAAAGUAACUCAGAUAAGAAACCGAGAAACGAGUCAAAGUCUGUUAACGAUGACGAGAUCCAAUGAAGUUACGAAAGAAAUGGAAAAAAUAAAGAGAUUUAAAAAGGUCCCAAUCGGUGUGAUGAAACACCGGAAUGCGGAUAUCGCUAAAGAUAAACACCUUCAUAUGUCGCAAGAAAAUAACAUAUCUCGUAAAAAUAAAUUUAAUUUACAGGUAGAAAGAACAACAAAGGAAAAUAUUAAACCUCCUUUUGGAGGUACUUCUUUUCUUUUGGUGGUUCCAAAUAAAGAAAACUAUACAAAUGGAAAGCAUAAAUUUUUAGAUGCAGCAUAUUCCCUGAACUCAACGUCAAAUGUUAUUUCAAAAGGACACCGGGUUCUUUUAAUCAGAGGAAAAACUGAAUCAUCACAGCAUGCUAUAGCUCCAACCAGAAGGGUUCCAACCAUCCUUACUCACAAGUCAUUCGCUGUACUGAACACCUAUAAUAAUGUGCUAAAGAAGAUAAGAACAGGUGACGCAAGUAAUUACGAUAGUCAAAGAAUAAAGUUUCCUAGUAUUCCAGCGUUUCCACGACGUUUUCGUGGAGUUCAAGAGGUCUUGGAGCACACCAAGAAAACUCAAGCUGAUCCGACUACUAUUCCUAAAUCCUCUAAACACGAGAAGACUAGAAUUCUGACACGAAGCCAUGAUCAGCUUCUACACUUGAAGGCCUUCCCGACAUCUUUAGUUGAUAAAGUCAAUAAAAGGGUGCAUCCUGCUGUGUCAUCAAAUGUAAAGGAUAGAACCCCGGGCAUACCGCAUAGAGACAAACCCACAACUGGAACAGCAACUUUGAAAAUAUUUUUUGGCAAACAAUCAGCUCAUCUUGAUGGCAAGCAAAGAGGCAGAGUAUUUCGACGUUCAGGAAAUUCCGACUCCGAGAAGUCUUCAGAUAAAGAUAUGUCUGAUAGUUUAAACGGAAAAGAAAAGCGACAAGAAGAACCGGUAGAUCCACGGUUACAGUUGGCAAUCUUAGAGUUCCAGAAAAAAUCACUCGAAGAAGAAGAAAGAAAAAUUGAGAAGGAAUUGAAGAGGGGAGAUACCCUUGACAAGUCAUCAAGGGAUUAUCAUAUCCAUGAACGGAUCGCUGAGUUAGAAAGAUGGAGACAAAUGGCAACCGGACGGGAAAAACCAGCACUUCACCCUCAAGCAAUAAAUAUGAAAGGAGCAGACGGCAGGAUACAUCAUAAAGAAAGACUCGACCGGAAUGGAGGGUGGAGUAAAGCUGAUGAUGUUACUGAUGAUAGCAAAGAAACGUCUGAAAUGGAUAAUGAUAUUCUGAAAGAUGCGCAAAAUGAGAAAGGUAAUUUCGGGCAGGGUGAGGGAACAAAUAGAGGAUGGAAUGAUUUUGUUGAUGGUCAAGAUGAGGAGAGUACCAAAGGGCACGGUAAUACAAAUAGAGGAUGGAAUGAUUUUGUUGAUGGUCAAGAUGAGGAGAGUAUCAAAGGGCACGGUAAUACAAAUAGUGAUAAUCUAAAAGGAAUUGACAACAGUACGCAUGAAGUGAGUGAGGAUUCGCCUGUAGGCGUAGGUGAUAGAAUUCAAGGCCAGCCCAAUGAGGGCAAAAAGGCGACAUUGACCCUAGGGUACAUGCUAGCAAAGAUAUCGCUGAACGGCAAUUCCUCAAGCUCCACAUCUAGACCUAAGAUGUCCUCUGGGGAGAAGGUUAAAGUUAUUCAUAACCAAGGAAGUGAUCUUGGUAAAGAGUUUGUCCCAGAAGUACGAAAACCGAGCGAGCCUGGAAAUGAACAUGGCCUCGAGGCUGAAAGUCACAUGUUGAUAGAUGAUGGAUUUUUGUCACGUGUUCAACAACUUGAGAAACGUGUUAUCGACGCUCAGAGUAAGGUCAGCUCAGAGCUCAGUGCCAUGGAGCAGGAGAUGGCGGAAAAGCUAGAUGCUUUGCAUGUUGAUAUCAACACGGCUAAGACGCUUGCGGGAAGCAUGGGGCAUGCGAUUACAGACCGAGUGAAUGGAGUACUGAACAGGGCAAAGCAACUCGAACUGAAAUCCAAAGAGAGAUUACAGAAAAUUAAAGUAAAAGCUCAAGUCCUGGAUGCCAUUGAGAAUAAUGUAGGUGCUGAUGUGACGAGAAAAGCCGCACGAGUCCUACGUACCAGUAUCCCUCGGUCUGGCAGCGGUAAUUCCUAUUCUGUCAUGGCCACAACUAUCCCAACUAGUAGCUCUGCUACUUCUGACAGCAGUUCCCCUCAUCCAGCCAUGCGCACUAGCAGUUUUACCAUUUCUGGUAACCCUAGCCCUGCCAUACGCAGUACGCCUGAUAGACAAAGGCGGACAUACCAGCAGAUCUUAGCCAUGAAUAACAUCAUCACUAAGAUAGACGGCGCCAAGAUAUUGGCCCUGAAUGACGCUAACACGACCUAUGAGAACCGCGCAGAGGUCACAAAGAGUAUCGCUGACGACGCAGACAGCAUAAUUAGUGAGCUUGCCUCCACCGAGAAUGAGCUUGCCCUGGACACGAGUGUAGAGCUGCAGGAUGAGCAGCAGGCGAAGAGCAAGCUGAGAGACGCCGCCUUCAGGAACUACCAGGCGGCCAGGAAAACCACCCAGGCGCUCAAGAGGAUCGAGAAGUACCUGCGCAAGCUGGGAAAGAACGAAAAGAAACUAAGGGAAAUAAGUAAACCCGCGUUAACUCGAACAGGCGAGGGAAACGCAUAACAGUUCAAUUGAAAUAGGUUCAGUGGAACCCCGAUAACUCGAACCACGAGGGAAACGCAUAACAGUUCAAUUGAAAUAGGUUCAGUGGAACCCCGAUAACUCGAACCACGAGGGAAACGCUUAACAGUUCAAUUGAAAUAAAUUGAGUGGAACCCCGAUAACUCGAAUCCACGAGGGAAACGCUUAACAGUUCAAUUGAAAUAAAUUGAGUGGAACCCCGAUAACUCGAAUCCACGAGGGAAACGCUUAACAGUUCAAUUAAAAUAAGUUCAGUGGAACCCCGUUAACUCGAACCUGCGAGGAAACGCUUAUUUAAUUGAAAUAAGUUAAGUGGAACCCCGAUAAUUCGAACCCGCAAGGGAAACGCUUAACAGUUCGAGUCAUCGGGGUCUACUGUACGAUCAAAGUUAAAAAAAGGCAGUGGCGAAGGGAGCUUAGUUAUAUUCAGCGAGUUCCCUCAUUUACACCUAUUUCAAUUAUGUUUGCACCCGAGAAUCAAUGUGUCGUAACCCGCGUUUGCUCAUGAGUGACGUACAAAUGGCUGAAUCAGUCUCUGAAAAUCAGUUUAGUGUUUGAAACAAGUAC